GUGUAACAGUACACAACUCCGAUUUUCCAGCCAUCCAUUAGUUCACCUCACUCACUUAAUUCCGACGAGGCAGUCCAGAUGGAAAUCACUACACUGGAGCCUUUGUCCAGUCCGCAGCUGGUUAAAGCCGAAUGCUCCGCGACCAAUCGGCAAUCACUUUCUGAGCAGCUCUGCGGAAACGCACACUAGUUUAUUACUGUACGCUUAACAGGAAAACAAGAGCCGGAUUCCUCUCGAUGAAAUGUUUUGGUCAAGUUGCGUGAUGAAACUUCUGUGAGGAAGCUUGGUGUUCCGCUUUUCCACACCCACGUCUGUAUGUCUGCGUGCGUGCGAGUGAAGAAGACACUCGUAACGUAAUGUCCACGCUAGCCUGGUCUGACUUGGGGAAGUCUCGAACACGACCGCCCUCCUGACAGUUUCCAGCAACGGUUUUGGUAUUCCAGUUUUUCACCUGCAUCCCCAAACAAUUGUGGGUUAUGGUAACUGGCGAUUCCAGCUUUGCCACAGCGUGAACGUGAGUGGACGAACCGAUGUACUGCAUUCACAGGUGAAAAAGGGCCAAAGAUGACAUCAUACAACUGUAAAAACAAUUCCCACAGUGAAACAGAGAAGGAGGAACACGGUAUCAUUCUGGCUACAACAUACAGCAUUGUCCUUUUAGGUGGCAGCGUGGGUGUAGUACUCAUGAUCUUCAUUUUGAAGUCAAACAUAAAGUCGGUGACCACCACAGCUGUCCUAAACCUAAUUGCUGUGCACAUUUUGUUAUUGUUGACUGUGCCUUUCCGCAUUCAUUAUUAUGUAACGGGCAAAUGGAUUUUUAGCAUGCCCUUUUGCAAGCUAGUGAGCGCUAUGAUUCAUGCUCACAUGUAUAUUGCUUUCAUUUUCUAUGUGAUCAUCUUGGUCACCCGGUAUGUAGUAUACUUCAACAAAAUGAAUAAGAUGGAGUUCUACAGAAAGUUGCAUGCACUGGGCGCCAGUGCUGGAAUUUGGGCAGUCAUCACUAUUAUCAUUUUUCCAAUCUACCUUUCCCAGUAUGGAAAUACGUGCAACACCGAACCUAAUAAUGAAGAAUGUUUUCAUUUUGAAAAUGCACUUUCACAAAGGGCGGUUCGUGUUCUGAACUACAUUAUCAUUAUCAUCAUGAUUCUUGUGGUGUGUUUGUUACUGAUCUGCCAGCUAUACAUUAUUUGGAAAGUAGUGAGCAAGUAUCGUCAAUUUAGUUACCAGCAUCAGGAGUUCUGGGCUCAGAUUAAAAGCUUUUCCUUUGUUAUUAUUAUGGUUAUCUGCUUCAUUCCAUACCAUAUAUUCCGCAUUUAUUUCAUGGAAAGUUCUGAGGAAAAUUACUCUCUGAAGUAUUUCCAAAAUGAGAUGGUCCUGGCCUUGACUGCUUUCAGCUGCUUUGAUCUAAUAAUCUUUCUAGGGAGAGGAUCUCACUUACACUGCAGCACACUGUGCAAAAGGUAAAAUUUAAUAACUGUGACCAUGAACUGAGAAGCACAGACAACCACAAUAAACAAAGCAAAAACAAAUAAACUCAUUCUGGUUAUGCAGAAUAUUCAUAAUUCACUGUACCAUAUUUACUUCUAUUUGAAUAAAUUCAGGUAGGCACCACUAGACAUUCAGUUCUGAUUUUCUUACAAUUUAUUUGCUUCCUGGGGAAAACCCAAUGAUGUCAUUUUUAAGGCCCUUGUUUCAUGUACUGCAAAGAUACAAUAAAAAUAGCAAAAGUAAUAAACAGACAUAACUGAGAGUGAAAGUGACAGACUGGCAUACUUCCCACUACUAAUUCUUUCCUUGUGUGGUACUACUGGGAUGAUAACAGCACACAGUUAUUCUGUAAUGGUUAUGUGAACAAUUACAGUUUAUAUUGGGAUUGUAUUUGGUUUAUUCAAAAUAAACAGUGUCUUUUAAUAUUAAA